UUCUACAACAGGAAAGAAGGCGUGCAGUAAAUCUACACACACUGUGAUGGUCUGUAAUCCUUUACUUACUCUGAAAUCUGUAAGUGUGGAACAGUACCAGAGCUCUCGGGGACCUGUGGACUUUGCUGGCAGUCACGCCCCUCCAAUUGACUAGAUUUCAACAAUGCCAACAUGUGAAAAGGGUCCAGGAAAGAAGACGUCUAGAAAUGGAGAAAUUUCUAACCUUCCAUCGUUAGGAAAUGUCUAACGACAAAUCGGAUUCUAAAAAGCCCCUUACCCUCCCUACCAUAUAUGGACAUUUGGACAUUACCCUAAAGUCACCCCAUUUCCGCAGAAAACAAGACAGACUGUUCGACAUCGUGCAAGACUUCCGUGUCCGGGGGGCCAAGGAUAGGGACAGCGUUUCCCUUCCUGGCCGGGAGUUCCUCUCACUUCCCGAAAUAGAUUCCCAAAGGAAAGUGUCGCCCAGCAAAUUGCUGACGCGACAACCAACCUUCGUAAAGUCUCGUCUGCCUCGCUCGCGCCAAAGCUGGCACAGCAAUAAAACUAUAACUAGUUAUCAGCGUUCAAUACUGGAUGAUAAUGAAAAAGACUUCACUAAAAGGCUCACCGAGAAAAAGACCAAAAAACUGCUCGGAGAGCUUUACACAGACAAACAGUAUUUGGAGUAUAUAGUCAAUUCUUCGGAAAAUUCUGGUUUGGGAAAGGACAUUUUCGAAAAAUCAAAGAAAGGACUUGAUUAUUUGAAAGACCGCUGUAUGUUUUGGGAAAACCAGACCCCCAUUCCUUUACGCCCUGAUCCUAUGUUACUUCAACAACUGUAUGGGUCACGGAUGCCCUCCCGCCGGAUGUCGGUCACCCGACAGGCGCCUGGGUCUCCCAUGACGCAAGUGAAACUAGACAGUUUGAGAGACAAAGACCGCGGGAAAACAUUUUAUAGGUGAAUUCGGUUGAUGUUUUUGUUGUGUAAUAAUGUGAAUCAGAAGCUGCAAUUGUAUGUGGUAUGAUAUGCGAUUCAUGUGGAUUUCUUACUGUUUGUACUGCGCUUAAUGCAAAACACUGUAAAACAGGGACAUGUUUUGCAUAACAACACGCAAGCGUCAUUACUACUGCAUUGUGGGUAAUGUGGAACAUUGCGCAGUGAUGCAUGAAGAAAAGCCUCAACCAUACCUGGAUUGAACGUUUUUAUGCACGUGUCAUUCUGUUUAAACCUUUGUUAAAUAAUGCCUUUCAAUAAUUAAAUUGUUUAAUAAGUUUA